AUGCCUAGCAAGAUGCAGGUUGAGCCCAAGCCAUCCGAGUUUGAGGUUGAGGAUAAGCCGUGGAAGUACAUCGGCUAUCCAGUCUACGCGGACUUCCUCGCUUCGGACAAUGAUCUCUUGGUCUUCCGCCGUUUUGGCGUGCUCGGUGCGCGGGUCGCGCUUGGCAUGCAAGACGAGCUGGUCAGCCUGGAGACCAAACUUCGGGCCCUCGACAAGCAGCACGCCUCUGUCUAUGGGCCGGCUGUGAACAACGGAAGUCUUCGCGAUGAUAUCCCAGAGAGGGCCGCACUCCUAGCCCAGAUCGGCGAUGCCUUGCCGAAGUACACCGAGCAGGCAUACAUCUUUGACGAGGCCGAGGACCUCGUGAGUCUCGUCGAAAGGGAGACCACGCCCCUGCGCUCGGCGGUCGAUGGCUCCCUGCGCCUGCGCACCUGGUGGGGCUGGCUAGACAAGGGCCGUACCGACAACGUCGCGGAGCACGAUGUGGGUGUCAUCUCGUACUACUCUGACGACCGAAUCGACCUGUUCGUGUCGGUGGCCAUUGUAUUUGUCGGCAUCGCCAUGCUCAUCAUCCCCAUCUGGAUCCUGCGCUGCCUGUCAGACCAGGACAUGAUGCUUGUCGUCAUUACCGUCUUCAUCCUCGUCUUUCUAGGCGUGCUGUCGUUCUUCAUGGCGACUAAGCCCUUUGAGGCCUUGGGCGCUACUGCAGCAUAUGCUGCCGUCCUUAUGGUUUUCCUGCAGGUUGGAAGCGAGAAUUAG